CGUAUAAAAGCCACACUUGUAGUUUGUGACAGGGUUUUGAUUUCCUCUCCCAAUGGAUAGCACCCCCAUGCAGCGCCCUACUCUCGAGAAUGUACGCAUCCGGACUCCCCGUGAUGCCCUAGUGGUAUUCCAUGGUGUGGCGUUGAAAAUCCUUCCCCUCAUCACGCGUCGGCUCGAUAUCGAGGAGCGGAGGGCGAUUGCAGCCGGCAACGUGUACGUUUGGGAGGAGCGUGGCGUCAACACGGAGACUGUUGGACUAGGCAUGGAACGAUGGACGGAUGGAAUGGGAUGGGGACCAAGUCGCGUUCGGGAUGAAUUCCUGUUCUACCACCAGAAGAACCCCGAUGACGAUUGCGGGCCUAUCACUCAGUCUCCGCCGUGGGCAAGGUUAACGAGGAAUGGAGAGUCUUCCCAUUUUCCGGGAUAUUCUGUAUCAUCAACAUUUCGAACCUUGCCUGAAACGAGAAACCUCAUUAAGCAAACGUAUAGCGUUCACGUUAGCCUCCCCGCAGAUCGACCUAAAGGUAUUACACGGAAGUGGCAUCUCACCGCCUAUUUCAGCCAGGAUACGCUCGAAUCCCUUCAGACUGUGGAUUCUAUCCAAGGAAUCGGAGGCAUGCUACCGCCUGAAGGAUGGUUUCGAAGCGCAAGGACAACGAAAACGUCCCGUCGCGAGAACCCAAAAUCCUUGACGUAUUCUCCCCCAUCACCUCACAAUCUAACUCGCCCGUACCCGACCGGUUCAAACUACCGGAAAGAGGCGCCCUCCUCACACAUUCCUGGCACUCCGCCGUCGGACUCGGAGAUCAGUACUGAUGGAACCUCGUCUCCAUUGUCGCCCACUCAUCCCAAGAGGACCAUGCUUGUUCCUCUAGAGCACUUACAAAGCGUAUCAGGCCCUCGUCGCAAUCCCGUAGAUGAGCAGUUCCUGAACUUGUUUUCAAGAAGAUGUUAGACGGCUAAGCCGCCCUACGGACACAUUUUUCAGAUUUCUGUACGAUAUCAAUGUAGCAGAGGAAGCACUCCCGGACUUUACAAUUUGAUUCUACUAGACAUCAUUAUUAUCAUUGUACC